AUGGCCGCAGCACAAACCCAAUCCCUCUACAGCUCUUUGAAUCUCACCCACAACGUCACCAAGACGUCUUCGGGUUCAGAAGUCCACAGCUACACUUCUGAUCUAGGCCCAGAUACUCCCAUAUUGACUCUCAUCCAUGGUUAUCCUCAAUCUGCAUACAUAUGGCGCCAUAUCGUCCCUCUUCUCUCAGGCAAGAUCUCCCUCUAUGUCCCCGAACUCCCAGGUUACGGCAUCUCCACUCCAAUAGAAGACAAGGCUGCCAAUUCCAAACGGUCAGUCGGUACCGCGUUGCUGGAAUCCCUCUCCAGGGUGUUCAACACCAUCUCCUCUCCAAGACCUCGACGUAUCAUCCUCGGAGGCCAUGACCGUGGUGCGCGGAUCUCGCAUCGCCUGUCCGUCGACUUCUCGCACCCGCCUCAAUCACCUUCCACGUGUGAAAAACUGAACCUGACCGUCCUCGGCACUAUUCUCCUGGAUAUCGUGCCCACACUUGCCCAAUGGCAAGCCUUCGCCAACCCAGCCAUUUGUUCAGGAUAUUUCCACUGGCCAUUGCUCGCGAACCCGGACGUUGCAACGGAAAUGCUCUCCGCCUUCGGCGGCGGUCGCUGGGCCAAAGAAGCCCAUACACGGAUCGCCGGUCCGAACUCGGAAUCCCUGAACCGGAUCACGGCCCAUAAUGCGCUGGACGUCUACUCCGCUCUUUUCGAACAGCGGGAGACCAUCUACUAUACUAGUCUCGACUACGCAGCGGGUGCGGCUCCGGAGGCAACAGAACAAGAACAAGACCAAGAGGCCGGUCGAAAACUCGGGGUGCCGUUACUCGUCAUGUUUUCCCAAGCGAAACUCGGCGCUCGGAUCGAUGUGCAAGGGAUCUGGAAGGACUGGGUGGGUCAGGGUGUUGACUACGAGGUCUUUGGGGUCGGUGAUGGGUAUGGGCAUUACUUGCCCGAAGAAGCCUUUGACGUUGUGAGCCCCAAGAUUGAGACUUUUAUCCAGAAAGUCACUUGA